GGGCUUAUCUCUGUAUCUGGUCCUCGAAGAACAAGUUGGGACGCGGCGUAUAAAUAUGCCGGUGAACGCGCAAACCUCUUCUCAGCCUCAACAUGUGGAAGCUCCUGACUGUGCUUGCGCUGGUCGCGGCGACGGCCGUGCAGGCCGCCUAUGAGGAUGUUCAGCCCAAGCUGCACGCUUCGCAGGCCAAGUCCGCACCCCAUGACGCGCCCCUGCGCAUCGUGAACGGCGACGAGGCCACGCCCGGCCAGUUCCCCCACCAGGUCGGCAUCGAGAUCGACCUGGUCGACGGCCGCAAGGCCUUCUGCGGCGGCUCCAUCCUCACCGAGCACAUCAUCAUCACCGCCGCCCACUGCGCCGAGCACGGCACGCAGUUCCUGAUCUGGGCCGGCGCGCACGAGAUCGACCAGGACGGCACCCCGUACAUCACCAAGAAGAAGCUCGUCCACGAGAAGUUCGGCUCCGACGGCGCCGUGGCCAACGACAUCGCGCUGCUCUACGUCCGAGAGGAAAUCAAGUUCAACGACCGCGUCCAGCCCAUCAGACUGCCGUCCGCCGAGCAGGCCCAGGACUCCUUCUGGAAGGCGCAGGUCACCAUGAGCGGCUGGGGCCUCACGCACACCAGGGACGAGAAGAAGAGCCCCGUGCUGCGCUUCGUCACGUCCCGCGUCGUCAGCAACCUGUACUGCAGGGCGCGCUUCUUCUUCCGCUACGUGCAGAAGACCAACAUCUGCGUGUCCGGCUGGUGGGCCAAGGGCACCUGCCAGGGCGACUCCGGCGGCCCCAUGGUCGUCUACGAGGCCGACGGCAAGCCCACCCUCAUCGGCCUCACGUCCUUCGGCGUCGGCCUGGGCUGCGCGGCGUCCUGGCCCAACGUCUUCACCCGCGUCACCUCCUACCUGGACUGGAUCGAGUCCAGCAUCGAGCACCUCAGCCUCGCCCGCUAGGCCAGCCAGGCUGACGCGGCGGCGCCGCGGCGGCUAGAUCUGAAUAAACACGUGCAAACAAACUC